AUGUCGAGCUCACAAGCACAGCCCGUUGACCUGUCCAAGAAAACGUGCCUCGUAACAGGCGGGGCCGGCGGUCUGGGGAGGGCCAUUGCGGCCGCAUUUCUUGCUGCAGGCUCCAACGUGGUCAUCUGUGACAACAACGAAGAACGGAUCCAAAAAGCAGCAGCCGAGCUCGGAGGGGCAGGUCGCCUCACCGCUGUCAAGACGGACAUCACCGACCAGAGUCAGGUGCAAGAACUGUUCGACAAGAUAGCAGAAAAUUUUGGCACGUUGGACAUACUCGUCAACAACGCAGCCAUCAUGGAUCGCUUCGAUCCGGUUGGUGAUGUUGAACUCGACCUGUGGGACAAGGUGAUGGCAGUGAACUUGACGGCUCCGCUCCUUCUGAGCAAGCUGGCGGUGCGCAGCAUGUUGACCAAGCCGGAAACUAGCGGCUGUAUCAUAAAUAUCGCUUCGGGUGCGUCAAAGGCCGGCUGGCUAGCAGGCACGGCGUAUACAGCAAGCAAGCACGGCUUGAUCGGCCUGACAAAGAGCACGGCGGCAUUCUACGGCCCCCGAGGCAUUCGCUGCAACGCACUGAUGAUAGGAAUCAUCGGUGGAACCCACUUGAACGAGGCGUUUCGCAACGGGUGCCAUGAGGAGGGGCGCCAAAAGCUGGGGGAGAUAUUUUCCGGCGUCAAACCACAACCCUGCAAGGUUGACGACGUGGCGGGAAUAUGCCUUUCGCUGGCCUCGGGACCAGGCUGGAAUACGGUGAAUGGAGGUCUCAUUGCAGUGGAUCACGGAUGGACCAGCGUGGUGGGUUAA